AGUGGAAAACUGUCCCUUUAAAGUAAUUAGAUUGAUAUUUCCCGGACCUUUCUCCUCCGAGCGAGCGACGUUAAGCACAAAAGGAGCAGCGUGCAUGGGCGUUAUUGAUUGGCCGGUCCACUCCGGCGGAGGACCGUGUGCUGACUCCCCUCCGGCUCUAUGUGCGUCUGUCGGUGAACCAAUCCGUGGCACCGGUUGGACUCAGUGAGUCACUUUAAAACUGCCGGUGCCAUGGCACCAUCACGUCCUCUGGCCGCCGGACGCUCCGCAGCUCCUCACUAGUGACAGUGUGCCACUAGGGGAACCAUUUUACGCACGAGCGCCUACGGACGGACACGACCCGCCAGUGGAGACUGUCCUCCUGUUGCGCCAUGGAGAACUCCAGCCUGUUCGGUGAGGACGCACACAAAGCUGGCUUCAUAGACUUUCUGAUGCCGGACACUUUGAAGCAGCAAGUUGUGGAUUUCCCGGUGGACGGAGCCACGGCGGGACCAGGAGCGGCCAGCGGUGCCAUCUUCCUCACGGGCGGCACGCUCAGGACAGCGGAGUUCAUGGCCGCCCCGCCGACGGAAUCCCCCCACCUGGUGCCCGCCUUUUGGGAUUCCCCGCUCAGUCACGGGAUCAACGUGUUCGUGGGACUCGUCCUCUGCUUCACCAUGCUGGGCCUGGGCUGCACGGUGGACAUCAGCCAGCUGGGCGAGCACAUCCGCAGACCCGUCGGGGUGCUGCUGGCGCUGGUGUGUCAGUUCGUCAUCAUGCCCUUGGUGGCCUUUCUCCUGGCUCUAGCCUUCUCUCUGGAUGAUGUGGCGGCGAUGGCCGUUCUCCUCUGCGGCUGCUGUCCGGGAGGAAACUUGUCCAAUAUCCUGUCUCUGCUGGCGCACGGAGAGAUGAACCUAAGCAUCAUCAUGACCAUCUCGUCCACGCUGCUGGCGCUCGUGCUGAUGCCGCUGUGCCUGUGGAUCUACAGUCGCGCCUGGAUCAACACGCCCGUGGUGAACCUCAUGCCCUUCGGGGCCAUCAUCCUGACCCUGUGCAGCACCCUCAUCCCCAUCGGUUUAGGGGUGAUGCUGCGAUACCGCUACACGCGCGUGGCCGACAUUGUUUUAAAGGCCUCCCUGUGGUCUUUGCUCGUCACCCUCAUCACGCUCUUCAUCCUGACCGGAGCGAUGCUGGGGCCGGAGCUGCUGUCCACCAUCCCACCCUCCGUCUACGUGGUGGCCCUCCUGAUGCCCCUGUGCGGCUAUGCCGCGGGUUACGGCCUGGCCGUGCUCUUUGACCUGCCGCCCAACUGCCGCCGCUCGGUCUCCCUGGAGACCGGCUGCCAGAACGUGCAGCUGUGCACCGCCAUCCUGAAGCUGGCCUUCCCCCCUCAGCUGAUGGGGGGGAUGUACAUGUUCCCGCUGCUGUACGCCCUGUUCCAGGCGGCCGAGGCGGGCAUCUUCAUCCUGGCCUACAGGAUGUACAGGAAGGAGGUCCUGCACAAGGCGGAGCCCGCGGGGCACGGCCAGGACACGGAUAUAACGUAUCAACGGUUUAACGACGAUGAGGACUUUGACUCGUCCUAUGGUGCCGUGACAGUGAGUGACCCGAACACCAUCACCUUGGACCCCUGUCCCCCUGAUCCAACCCCAGUUUAAUUUACUAAAAUAGAUAAUAAUAAUAAAAACUACAUUGUGUUGUGGAGCAGCAGGUGGAUUAAUCACAGUCAUUCAUAAAGGAAAUCAUGGGGGAAAAAAAGGGAGACUGUGCAGGUAAAUCCGGACAUACUGCCGUCAAUAAAGGUGCUUCGUGUCAUAGGCUUUAUUCAUUCAACGUAAAAUGCCUGAUUCAUGUCUAAUAUAUAUUGAUUUUUAAAAAGAAGACCAAAAAACAUUGCUGUGUUACCUGUACAUGAGAUUAACCAUGCCAACAUCAUCGGAGUGCAGCAGUGUAAGACAGUGUGUGUGAGAGAGUGAGAUUCGAGAUCGCUUUUAGCAAUGAAAAGUUCUCUGUAAAUGAAAUGUAUUAUUAUUAUUAUUAUUAUUAGUGUGUGUGUGUGUGUGUGUGUGUGUGUGUGUGUGAAAGAGGAACUCAAUACACCUCACAAAACUAUUCAUGAUGGUAAAUUACUGUAUAAACAGAGCAAACAUUUAAGAAAGUCUGAAAUAUUGUACAAUAUGUGAAUAGUAUGAACAACUGUAUGAGGAAAAUAAAAAGCAAGUGUACAGAGA